UUUAAUGGAGAAAUGGAUUUGUACUUGGUGGGUAUUUGCUAGACAUCAAUAAAAGGCGACAGAGAACCCACAGACAAUGAUUUUGUUGCACUUUGUGGCCGCUUCGCUGGUGUUCCUCUUCACCCAGGCUGUCUUUCGCUGUCCCGUUCUGGAGAAGCAGACAUCAUGCACGUGCCACGAGAUCGUCUGGUGGAACAAUGAAAGGAUAUCCAUCGUCAACUGCAGCUUCACAAAUCUAAAAAUGAUGCCUAAUUUAUCAUCCCUGUCAAAACAAAACGUGACAAGGCUCUUACUGAACGGAAAUGACAUCUCUACACUAUCCAUAUCUGAUUUUGACGUUUGGAAUAUAAUGGAACUGGACUUAAGCACAAACAAGUUACAGGCCGAGGGCAUAGGAACGCUCUCUCAUCUCGCGGGGGAAUUGACAAAGCUUAAUUUGGCACGAAAUCGAAUCACCAUCAAUGAAGGAUUAAUGUUCAUAAAGAAUCUAAGCAUUUUAACAGAACUUAUUUUGGAUUCAAAUAUGAUACUUAAUUACCAAACCUAUUCCCAGAUUCUUCCAAAUGAUAUUUUCAGAGAAUUGAGGCUACAUUCGCUUCGCAAGCUGAGUUUGAGAUCGUGUAGUAUUACAGCAAUAGGACCGCGGGCAUUUAUUGGAUUGGGAUCGUUACGGGAACUUGAUUUGACAUAUAAUUAUCUGGAAAAAGUACCUUCUGCAAUUUUACAACUGCAAAAUAUGCAGAGGAUAUUUCUUGGUGGGAAUGACAUAAUAACCGUAGACGCAAACAGCUUUGUAACUUUAGUACAUUUGGAAGAAAUAAUACUUAACUACAAUGAGUUGUCUUCGAUAGAGGCUGGAGCGUUCGCAGGAUUAGAAGGCAGCCUUAAAGAGCUUGAACUUUCUUCAAACUAUCUUAGUCAAAUACCGACAGCUGCCCUAAGGCCAUUGAGGAAGCUUCUGUUUUUGAGAAUUUCGAAAAAUAACAUUAGAACAAUCGAACACGCUUUUCAUGGCGAAUACGCAUUAAAUAUGUUAGAGCUCGACAGUAAUCCUUUAGAGUUUAGCGCAGAUACGUUUCAAGGCUUAGAACAUUCCCUAGAAACUCUGUUUCUCAGAGACAUUGGGGUGUCCGGAAUUCCCGUAGCAGCAUUAUCGCCCCUGAAAAUGUUAUCAUACUUGGAUAUUUCUCACAAUCAUUUUUCUAGUAAAACAUUUGAUUCCGAUCUCUCUGUCUUGUCCGUCCAAACUCUUGUUAUGAGCAACAAUAGUUUACAGAACAUUUCUUCCUCGGCCUUCUCAAGGCUCCGGAAUCCAAUCGGCCUCGACCUGGACAACAAUAAUUUAUCCGACAUUUCAUUCAUCGUCAGCGCUCCGUCGUGUUCGUUUCGUUAUGUCGACGUCUCUGGAAAUCCACUCGAAUGCGACUGUAAAAUAGAAGAAAUUUUGCACAGUGGUACUAUUUUUGGCAUGGGAUUAACAGGCUCCUGCUGGCUGAAUAACACUGUAUAUGAACUUGGAAGUACUAAACUGGCAGCACAAUUAAACACAUUUUGUAAUCGGACGGAGAGAAACGUAAGGUGCCCGGGAACGUUCGAUUCGAAUAGCUCAAUACAAUCAAACAGUGGAUUAAGUUUGAUAAAUGUUUGGUUACUACUUGUUUGCAUUCUUCUUCAAAAAUGCUGGAAAUAAGAUUAAUUGCAACAUAUAAAUUCAAAGAAAAGAUAAUCAAUAAUAGAACUUUGAGAUUUUUU